AUUUCAAAUUAAUUUAAUAAUUAAGAAUAUUGUUUGUAUUAGAAGAUUGAUAGUAUUGAUUGCCCACAAUGUCAUGGUUCAGCGGCACUUCAGUUCCUAUCGGGGAUCUUGAACUAAAGAUCGGUGAGGCUACUUCGGAAUCAAUCCCCAAUGGGGACAUUGACCUUGUGAUAGCCUUAGAAAUAACUGAUCUUAUUCGUAGUAAAAAAAUCCCACCCAAACAAUGUAUGAGAGCCUUAAAGAAGAGACUCACUCUCACGUCAUCCAACCCCAAUCUUGUGAAACUGACGUUACAAUUGGUGGAUUUGUGUGUUAAGAAUGGUGGGUUUCAUUUCCUUAUAGAAGUUCUGUCGAAGGAAUUUACUGACUACUUGGUUGAUACCUUAUUCAAGUUGCAUUAUGAUGUUAAACUGAAUAAAAUCAGAGAUAGUCCUGCAAAGUUUGAAGUUGGUCAAUAUAUACUUCAAUUGAUUAAAAAUUGGACCGUUUAUUUUAAGGGGCAACUUCAAUUGGGUAACGUGGAAAAACUGUACCGUCAAUUAUUGAGUCAAGGAUAUCAAUUCCCCGAGUCAGACUCCCCCGAUGAUCAUAUUCAAUCUCAAUUUGUUGAUCUGGAGGUUCCUCCUGAUUGGGUAGAUGCAGAUGAAUGUAUGAUUUGCUACAAUGCAUUUAGUGUGUUGAACCGGAAACAUCAUUGUCGGUCCUGUGGUGGGGUAUUUUGUGGAGAACAUUCAGCCAAAUCUAUCCCAUUGGUUCAUUUGGGGAUCAUGGAGGCUGUUCGAGUAUGUGACAAUUGUUAUGAAAAGGUUAAGCUAAGAGGUGGAGGAAGGAUUGAUAAAGUUCUCCAGAGCACUGAUACUGGACCUGGACCUGGUGGUGAAGAUGAAGAUGAAGAAUUGCGUAAGGCUAUUGAAUUAUCAUUAAAGGAGUCUCAAAUUCCUCUUAGUAGACCAGUAGUGGCUCCACGAGUUGUUGAACCGCCAACUACCACCAAUGAGGAGUCUGACGAUGAAGACAUGAAGGCUGCUAUUGCUGCGAGCUUACAAGAGUUUAAGGCUAAGGAAUCUUUGUAUCAACAACAACUGGCCCCACCUGAGCCUCAGGACGACUUUUAUGGAAACUUGUUACCUCAAUCUUAUCAGCAGCCACAACCACAACAACAGCAACAACAACAACAACAACAACAACAAUUCCCACCUCAACCAUUUUCUCCAAUUAGGUCACCCCCUAUAGAAGAUCUUACCCAACAAGAAGAGGAAUCGAUCAACUUAUUUGUAACUCUCAUGAACAAUGUUAAAAAUGAUCCUCAGAAACGAGAAACGAUCAUGUAUGACAGCAAUUUAAGUGAACUUCAUAGCAAUAUCCUUCAAUGCAAACCAAAGCUUAACAGAUCAUUAAGAGAUGCUAUUGAAAGAUAUGACAGUCUUUUGGAAAUGAACAAUAAAAUUUCUACUAUCACUAGACUUUAUGAUACAUACUUGGAGGAAAAAUUACUGCAGGCUUAUGGAAAUCACAACAUUGGAUAUGGACCAGACCCAAGAUACUCUCAAGGAUACCUGGUACCACCACAAGGUACAGGGUAUACCACUAAUCUGUAUGUAGAAGGUCAAUACCAAUCCACUGGUGACGGCGUUGCAUAUAAUUCUACUGGGCAAUCUCAAAGAAUUCCUCAAUCCAAUCAACCAGAAGAAUCUUAUUCUUCGAACCGUGAUCAUACUUCAAUUCCCCCUCUUUAUAGUGGUGAACAACAUACAGGCUAUGCGUACCCUGCACAACCACAAUCACUGCAUCUUCAAGACUAUCAACAGCCUCAACAACCUCAACAACCUCAACAACCGCAACAACCUCAACAACCUCAACAACCUCAACAACCUCAAGAAUAUCAGCAGCAAUAUGAGCAAGAAUAUCAGCAACAACUGGAACCACUCUACCCUUCAAGUUACUCAGAGGAAUCAAAGAAUGAAUUUGCUUACCCUCCUCAAAAUAUUUCUACACCAACAUUACCUGAUAUGGAACCAAGUUACCCUCCUGGAGAGUAUAACUCAAUUGGUCCUCAAGAACAAGAACCACAGCAUACUAAUGUUAUUCUGCCAUACCCAAAUGAAGAUUACACCACAGGAGAAGAACAAGAAGAGCAAGAUGCUUCAUCUUCUUCACAAUACUAUCCAGUGAAUGAAAGGGAACCAGAAGAUGAGAAUGAAGAGAAAGUUGCAGCAAAGUUUCCCAGCAUAGGUGAACUUUCAAAUUUGCCAACAGUUUCUGACGUACCUCCAGCAUCACUGAAGAAGGAAGAGCAACGUAAAUACGUGGAGGAGCCACUCAUCGAACUUUAGAGUAUUUAGUUAAUUUAUAAG